CUGCACAAGUUUUUGAGUAUUGUGUUGGAAAUGGUAGGAGGGUGUGUUUUUGUUUUUGCAGAGUUGUAAUGUGAUUAUAGCAAAGCAGUGAUUAUGUUUGGUGCAGUGCUGCAUUGUUGCAUUACACUGAAUACUCUGUUGCGUUGGGGGGUGCUGCUGUUCUGUACUUGAAAUUUUAGAUUUUCCUUGUUAAGGUUGAGGUAUUUGUAUUCAAUCAUGCUGACUUUCUGCCAGUUAUAGGAUUUCCUCAGCUAUUCGUAGAUGUCAUUAGAAAGAUUUAACAUAAGCUUAUGUAACGUUAAAAUGCCAAGAAAAUGUGAAUGAUGCCUAAAAAAUGCAUGCAGUCGUAUAGCUUAACGGAUGUAAAUCCUUAUUUUAGGAUUGGCUCCAAAGUUGACCAGGUUUGUUCCGCAGAUAUGGUUGUGAUUAUCUGUUUAAUCCCAUAAUCCUGCUCUAGUCAGUGUCCACUCAGAAUUUUAUGCAGCAGCAUCUCCAUCAUUCCACUGAAAGCCACACUCUUCCUGGCGCACUUUUAAGCGGGAGUGAGCAGUGUUGGAGCUACAUGAUGGUCACCAUGGUGCCCUUCCUGCCUCUCCUCUUGAACACGGCAGGUUGCUUUAAACCUUGUCCCAGCCACUGUCUCUGCUACGAGUCCUCCGACCUGGUGGAUUGCCGGGCUCGUGGGUUGGACCGGGUCCCUGGUGGUGUUCCUCACAGUACCUGGCUGCUGGAGCUGAGCGGGAACAAGCUGACAGAGGUCCGCACCAGAUCUUUCAUUGGGCUUUGGUCGCUGAAGGUCCUCCUGAUGUCCAACAACAGCAUCCACAUUCUGCAUCCACAGUCUCUGUCACCACUGCAAUUUCUGGAGAGGCUGGAUUUGAGUUUUAACAGGCUGCGCUGGCUCCCUCGGGACUUUUCCCAAAGGCUGUCGUCCCUCCAGGAGUUGAGGCUGGAUCACAACCUGCUGCAGUAUCUGGACACGCCUUCACUGGACCACUUUGAAAACCUGAGGAAACUAGACCUCAGCUACAACCAGAUCUCUGGGAUCGAGAGCAGGGCAUUCCACUGCCUGUCCCGCCUGACUCAGCUCAAGCUGAAAGGGAACAAACUGAACGUUCUCAAAGAGAACCUAUUUUCUCAGCAACAGAGUUUGGAAGUGUUGCUGCUAAGCCACAACAACAUCUCUCUCAUCGAGUCGGAGGCUCUGGCUCCAUUACGCAGUCUGUCUCUGCUGGAUCUCCAAGGAAACCAACUGGAGCACAUCAAGUUCAGAGCCUUCCUGAUGCUCCAGACCACCAGCACUCACCUUGAGAUGUCCUUCAAUCCAUGGAUCUGUGACUGCGAGCUGCAGCGAGUCUUCAGCAAGAUCCAGCACGUUCGGCACCUCCACGUGGAGGACUACCAGAACAUCGUCUGCCACGCUCCCGCUCAGCAGGCUGGGAGCUCUUUAUCCUCACUGGACAGCCAGCUGUGCAUGGCCGAGACCGUCUCCGUGCUGGUCAUCACCAUCACAGUUCUGCUGGCUGUGAUCGGUGCGCUGGUUAAAGCGGAGCACAACACUAAGCAGAGACAUCCUGCUGUUGAUUCUGACUCGCAGAGGCAGCGUAAAUGAUCCAUCAGCUGCAGCAGGAGACCGGCGUGAAGGUGGUGUUCUACACAUACUUCAGAGUAUCAGUGUUCACAUGUUUGUGCAUUUAGUGGCUUCUCUUUGUGCAGAGCCACUCCAAAUGUAAGGACUUGUUUUAUUUUAGAGCAAACUUGAGCUGUGGGUUUGAAAUUGAUCUGUACUGGUUUAAGCAGCUCCCAGUUGUUCCAUGCCAGGAGAGGCCCAACCCUUUCUUAAAACGUCAUCAUAAUCUGAUUAUUAGUAAAAGGCACUUAACCAUACAAAAAAAACACACACCCAUGUCAAAUUUAUCAUUUAAUUUCUUAUCAAGGCUGGUUAAACAUGAGGUGAGGAGUUAACUGAUUGCACUAACAAGAAUAAUACUCCAGUAUUU